CAAUGAGCCCAACACGCACAUCAGUCAUCCAUUGAUUUGUCACUACCAAAUGUUUAAACGGCCUGUAACCGCCGAAUGAAUCUUACAUUCCAUUCAUUCCCACAACACCCUCACUGCCAAUUGAAAAGAAAGGAGAGCCAACGGAUCGUAACCUUAAGGAUCCAUUCAUUUAUUAAGCAAUUGCGGAUGAUUUACUAUUUCCACCCAUUCCCGUAUUGGACCUUACUUCAAUUUCGGUAGGGUUUAGUAUCGGUAACUCUCUCUCUUUACGGGAGAAUCUCCAACCUCAUCGCUUUAUCGAUUCCGCAUCGAAUUUCUGGGUAACGGUAACGGUAACGGUAACGGCAACGCUACCGAAAUACUCAAAUUGUGCCAUUCGUAUGACGAACGCGUGGCAAUCUCGUGCAGCCUUAAACGGGGAAGCAUCAGUCCCAUAUAUACCCCAUCCUGCACCUAAUUCUGCUGGAAACGAAGAUACUCCAACUACAACUUCAACCAUGGUUUCCACAUGGUCAUUACUAAAGGUUAUUAAUGACUUACCUCGGACCUCCUUCUCUACUAACCAAAGCUGACAUUCGUUUUCGCAGACAUUAUUAGUCCCGGCAAUCAUUUCUCUUAUUCUUUACCUUCUGAUAUCAUUCGUCAUUGUUCCCGUAUGGAAACGUUAUCGAGCGCGAGCUGGUCAAUACCUGCCAUUGGAUACUAUCUCAACACGAACUACAGGUUUACGACAACGCGCACAAGCUGCAGUGGUCAGAACAAUAUUUCCCAAUUCAUGGAGAGCGGACUUCAAUCGAAAUCGAAUAAGCGCACAGGAUAGUGUUGAAUUUGAUGAUGAGGAUGGGGAGGAACUUUUUGAUGUGGACGAUAAUCGACGAGAAGCAUUAUCGCUUGAUGCCCGAAGAGGCAGAGUUGAAGAUGGUGGAAGAUUAAGUCGAGAUUUAGAAGAAGGGUUUAAGGACGACAGUAGUGAUGAAGACGAUAGAACGGAUAGACGCUUGAGUGGAGUGAUAACACGAUGAUACAAAUACGGAAGAUGGGUCUGAUGAGCUUCUAUUUCUCUACAAUUAAUGUCUAUUCUAUUAAUCGACGUGUUGAAUU